AUGGAAAACCCGUAUUUGAAGCCCCUCCUGCUAGAGGGUGAUACAUACAUCUUUAUCAACUAUCCGAUUGGUGUCGAGCUCUACCAUCCAACCGGUUCCUACAUGCCGGUGAUGACACACAGGGUGAACAGCGCAGCACUCCUUGCAACCGGCUCUGCCAUGUUCGAGAAGCUCCUGGGUUACGGACAACAGCAACUCUUUCGAAAGCAACACAGCUUCUUCUCCAAGGAUGCGCUUCCUUCAGGGAUUAGGUAUGUUAUCGAUUUGACGCCAUCAGAGGCGGGGGAAGAGGGUGUAGGUCUCAUGACAAUGCUGUCCUGUUCCUUGGGGCUCCGGCAUUGGGCUUUGACAUCAGUCAAAUGUGGCAUUGACUACAGCCUUGUUGGAGGUAAAGACGUGUUUGUCAAUUUCCCCAAUGAUGGUCAAUACUCGAAGAUCCAAUCCGAAUACUGUCCAAUUAGGCAUCGUUUUGGGGUUGAGGAGUUAUUGCGUACAAUUGUUGGACAGGGACCAACACUGGAUUCUGCUCCGAAGGUUUGGACCUUGUUUGCACUCUCCAAGUACUUCGAGUGUACUGCACUGGUGGCUGAACCGAUUGUCAAAUGGAUGUUAAGCAACUAUCCCAUCAUCGAGAUCCUUCCCGAAGUGAGCUAUGAGAUUGGCUUAGGCCUUAAGAGCCAGAUCAUAACUCGCUCUGCCUUUUCCGUUUUAGUCUCCGAGGCCGCCUUGAGCGUUGUCUCUCGCAGGAAUCAGAAAUUCGACGCUGAUGAUGCCCAUACAAAUCAAUUCGGUCGUGCUAGAGAAAAUGUCGAUAAGGACGACCUCAAAAUGAUCGAUGCGGCGGCUGUCACUUUUGAAAAGAGGAUACGAGGUAUCGUCGAGAAUCUACUUGAUCCAGAAAUGGCCUGGUUCGAGCAGCUUCCCGAGUUCCGCAAGAUCGGGACCUAUGAAAAGGAGACCUCUUUCAAAUUCGGAGUCCAAGAGGUUGUCAAGAGUCUUGUCGAUCUCCUUCGCCACUAUGUUCGUGGCCGGAUUGCUUCCGUUGGCACUCAACCGCUUUGCAGGGCUGAUAGGAACAAAGCCAAUACCCAUCGCCGCGACGAGCAAUACCUGAAGCCUUACGAUGGCGAUUUUGCGACGUUCUAUGAUAACCUGACCGAAGACGAGAGGUUCUUUACACGUUUCUACUGGAAGAUGCUUAGUGAGAUGGACUGGAAGGCGAGCUUUGAUACGAACAACAUCCUCCAUAGUUACUAUUCGGAACGACGCGCUGUUCAAAACAUCCAUCUUGCGGAAACUAGGGGCAUCGCGGCAGCCACCUUUGUUCAGGUUGCGAAGGCUGGCGAUGAUCUUAACGAUACUAUGGUGAGGGAUAUCAAAAUCGGCAAUGCCUUGAAGCCCGUGACUACUGAGAACCCCUUCAAUGGCUUCAAUGAUAUCCCAUUCUUUUCCACUGCAGUCUUUUUAUCCCAGGUCCACGCCUAUAUUCAUAGACUCUGCGAAACCAUGUUGUCGGCGGAUCCGUCCUUUUAUUUCCGUGACUUCACUGAUACAAUCGUUUGUCUUACGCACGAGGAAUUCAAAUACCUUCCCCUCUGGGCUGACGAGAACAGUGACUUCCAAAAGAUUGUCCCUGUUACCGCCGGUUCCACUUCCCACGUCGAAUCCAGCACGCCUCCCGAGACGAUCAGUCCUGUUGCUUUUAGCAAAGAUGGUGAAAUUACUGAGAUGAGUUCCAACAUCAGCGUUCCGUUGGAUAAUGGGCGCGGUGAUGAUGCGGGUCCUCAGGAUGAUGAUAUCACCCUCUUCCCGGAUGAAGCCACCGAAUCCAAAGGAGAAGGCAAUAAAAAGGGUAAAGAAUCCGAGACAGAUGAGAUGGAAGCUUAUUAUGAAUACAUGAUCGCAUUCUCAGACGACGAGUACGACGAAGAGUUUUCGCUGAACAAUUGA